AUGGCAGGCAGCGCUUCAAAUGAAUGGGAAUUCAAACUCCAGAGGUUGCAGAACGAUGGUGUGCACUCGCUUUCCGAUAGGUUGAGAUUAAGCUACGAUGCGCUGGCCGACGUGGACGGUUAUGUCAUUUCCUUGCAGUUGUGCUUCGUCUGCCUCGCUGCUUUCUCAGAAGACAAAGUCAUUUAUACUGAACUUGCUAUAAAGUACUGGAUUGGAGAAGGGUUGGUGGCCGGGACGAAUCCUUUCCAAAUUGGAGAGAUAUACGUCAAUUUGUUAGCGGACCGAUGCCUUAUUGAACCAGUAAGGAGGGGUUACGACGGAAAUGUGGUCCAUUUCAGGGUGCAUGAUGUUUUGCACGAUUUGGCACAUCAAAUUGCUGAGAAGGAAGAAAAAUGCUUAUUUCAGGCAGGCAGAGGUUUAUCUGAGUUUCCAGCGCAUGACUGUUCAGGACACGUCAGAGUUUCAUUGAUGGUCAACAGUUUGACUAGCAUUCCAAAGGCAUUCAGAGCUCCUUAUAUCCGGUCGUUGCUACUUGCCCACAAUACUUCUUUGAAAGAAAUUCCAAAAGAGGUGAUUGGGAGUAUGACCGCUCUCAGGGUCCUCGAUUUGUCAUAUACAGGUCUCCAGUCGUUGCCUAAAAGCAUGGGAUGUUUGAAGCAUUUAGUUUGCCUUAUGUUACACCAUGUGCCAAUCAAGAGAUUGCCAAACUCUGUCGGUGCUCUCAAAAACCUUCAAAUAUUAGAUCUUUCUAAAUCUGAUAUUACAGAACUCCCGGAUGGCAUUUCUAAGUUGACUUCCCUAAAACUUUUGGACGUUAGUUCCUGUGAAAAUCUGCUGCGCAUGCCUUAUGGGAUCUCACGCCUUACGUCCCUGGAGUACCUGGGUGCAAUCCGUUCUUCAAAUAUAAGUUGGAAUAAGCCUGAAAAACUUUCAAUUAGUGAUUUGGGCACCCUAAACCAACUUAAAAGGUUGGGGUUUGAUAACAACGGUGAAAUAAUUAGAGAAGGAAUGCUGGGAAGCUUGCGGCAGAUGGAGUAUCUAUAUUUGCGACUCACAGAUAUGGAAAGGCUACCCCAUGACAUGACUGCCAUGUUGAAAUUGAGGAAACUCCUCCUUGUUGGUCCUCAAUUACUUGAAAUUGAAAAUUCAUUUUGUGAAUUUCAACAUCUGAGCUACAUUAGCUUGUUUGAGUGCGACAUACUGAAACAACUACCGGCCAUGCAGAAACUUCCAUAUGUACUGCUCCAACAUAGAGAAGUUUCCAGAGGAAGAAAGAGCACUUCCCAAGCUAGAAGUAUUUUCAAUGGUAGAGGUGGAGAAGUUGGAGCAGCUGCCAAUAGUGGAAGAAAGAGCACUGCCUUCACUUAA